UUCAGUUAGUCCCAAACAGCGAUCAAGAGUAAAAGUGUUUGAACGUUUAUUAUUUACAGAGCGAAAAUGUUUUCCAAACUGUGCACACGCGGUAUUGCCAGCCGUCUCGGUGGCAUUGCCCAAAAGACACAACCCAAAGAGGCGACUGAGAGCAGCAGCCGCUCUGAGGCGGUCUUUGCACGUGAACAGAAAUACGGUGCACACAACUAUCAUCCGUUGCCGGUGGCGCUUAGCCGGGGCGAAGGUGUGCACGUGUGGGAUGUGGAGGGCAAACGUUACUUUGACUAUCUGAGCGCCUAUUCGGCUGUCAAUCAAGGUCACUGCCAUCCCAAGAUUAUUAAGGCUCUGACGGAACAGUCACAGAAACUGGCGCUGACGUCACGUGCUUUCUAUUCGGACGUUCUCGGCGAAUACGAGGAAUAUAUUACCAAGUUCUUUGGCUACGAAAAAGUGCUUCCCAUGAACACGGGCGUGGAAGGCGGUGAGACAGCUUGCAAACUGGCCCGCAAGUGGGGAUACCUCAAGAAGCAGAUACCCAAGAAUCAGGCCAAGAUCAUCUUUGCACGCAACAACUUCUGGGGUCGCACAUUGUCCGCCGUUUCCGCAUCGAAUGAUCCCAGCAGCUACGAGGGCUUUGGUCCAUUCAUGCCCGGCUUUGAGCUGAUCGAUUAUAAUAAUGUGACUGCCCUGGAGCAGGCUCUGCAAGAUCCGAAUGUGUGCGCCUUCAUGGUGGAACCCAUUCAGGGCGAGGCUGGUGUUGUGGUGCCCGACGAGGGUUAUCUGCGCAAGGUUCGUGAACUGUGCUCCAAGCAUAAUGUGCUCUGGAUUGCGGAUGAGGUGCAGACAGGUCUGGCACGCACAGGACGCAUGCUGGCCGUGGACUACGAGGAAGUGCAGCCUGAUAUUCUGAUUCUGGGCAAAGCUUUGUCUGGUGGCGUCUAUCCCGUUUCGGCUGUGCUCUGCAACGAUGAGGUGAUGCUGUGCAUCAAGCCUGGAGAGCACGGUUCCACCUAUGGUGGCAAUCCACUUGGCUGCCGUGUGGCCAUGGCUGCCCUAGAGGUGCUGCAGGAGGAGAAACUGGCCGAGAAUGCCUUCAAAAUGGGUGAACUGCUGCGCAGCGAACUCUCCAAGUUGCCCAAGGAUGUGGUGUCUGUGGUCAGAGGCAAGGGAUUGCUCAAUGCCAUCGUCAUCAGUUCAAAACACGAUGCCUGGGAUGUCUGCAUGAAGCUUAAGGACAACGGCUUGCUGGCCAAGCCAACUCAUGGUGACAUCAUUCGCUUUGCUCCUCCGCUGGUCAUCAACGAGGCGCAAAUGCUGGAGAGCAUUGACAUCAUCAAGAAGACCAUUCUGUCCAUGUGAAGCGUGUAUUACAGAAGUUUCCAAUCGAAUAGCAUUUAAUAAUUAGCCUCUUACAACUCUUUCAAAAGUCUGAACAAAAACUUACUAUAAUUUGUAUAAUAAAACCGAAUUUUCUGCCAGUUUAAA